AUGCAGCUGCUCACCCCAGCCAUCCUCUGCCUGCUGGGCUCCUGCUGCCUCCAGGGCACGGAGGCACGGGAAUAUGAGUCCGUUCUCACGGUGCCCAACGGAGGCCCCUGGGGCUCUUGGGGGCUCCAACACUUUUGCCCCAGCGGCUACGCUAAGGGAUUUGAAGUGAAGGUGGAGCCCUACCAGGGAUUUUGGCUGUUUGGCGACGACACGGCUCUGAACGGCAUCCGCCUGCUCUGCACAGAUGGCACAGUCAUCGAGUCCUCCGUGGGGUGGUGGGGAAACUGGACUGAGGCCCAGCUCUGCCCCAGCAACAAGCUGGUUUCCUUCUCGCUGCGUGUGGAAGAGAGGCGGCACCUGCGUGACAACACGGCGGCCAACAACGUGAGGUUCACCUGCUCAGACGGGACAAAGCUGGAGGGCUGGGGACUUUUGGGGGGUCACUUCGGCCCAUGGAGCAGCAGCUGCACCUCCGGGGCCAUCUGUGGGCUCCAGACAAAGGUGGAGGAACCCCAGGGAAAGGGGGACGACACAGCUCUCAACGACAUCAGAGUCUUCUGCUGUGAAUAAGCCUGACCCCCCACCCCAUGCCAGCAUCUACAAAGUGGUCCACCAUUAAACCUUGAA